AUGGCGUCUUCUCUAUCUCCUCAGACUUCGCUACCGCCGCCAUCUGCUCUUGCAUCCGCUCCCCCGAGCAGACCUAGCAGUGGAUUGCAGAUGGCAUACUUGUUGCAUCCACCCGCUCAACAAGGCCCUACGCUGCCCAUUCCCACUUCUUCUCCUUAUACUCAUUCCUACGACUCAGGCACUGGAUCUCCAGCUGACCGCUCAUCCGUUUUGACGGAUGGGAAUGGCUCUCUUCCCGAUGCUCCAAGCCUUGCGCCUCAUUUGGGAAGCGCUGCAGGACAGCCUCAGCAGAAGAGGGCUUAUCGGCAAAGACGAAAGGAUCCUAGUUGCGACGCUUGUCGAGAACGCAAGGUCAAGUGCGACGCUUCCGAAUCUUCGAGCUGUACAGAAUGUUCGAACCGCAAGGUUCGUUGUCAGUUUACCAAGGAAACAAACAGGCGCAUGUCUUCAAUAAAACAAGUGCAAGACUUGGAGAAGCAGCUUAGCAGCACCAAACAGCAACUGCAACAACUUCGAUCAGGUGUUAUGAAGGCGGAUAAUGUGAUGGAUAUUGAAUUCGAUAUCAGCGGCCAACCAGUGCUAAAACUUCCAGAUGUCGGCGGCCGACCCGUACGACAGAACCGACCUCCAGUAUCUCAGGAUUUCUCGAGAGUGCGCGCCAACGUGCGUACCUAUGGAGCUGGUAUUGUCAAAGUGCCACCCCCAUAUCGACAAGUGUUGCCAUCUUCCUUCAUCACAGACAACGGGCCGGCGCUGCCUUCAAAACCCCUCGCAGACAGAUUGUUAGCUCAGUAUCAUGCCUAUGUGCACUCGGUUUUGCCCAUUAUUCACUGGCCGAGCUUCACUGCAGAGUAUGAAAAAGUGUAUCAGCGGGGAACACUGCGCGGAAGCCUUCGAGAGUGGGCGGCUGUGCUGUUUGGUGUUUUGGCUUGCGGUGUGAUGCACUCCCUAGAACCAAACAAGAAACAAGAUGCGCAAGCAUAUUUAUUGGUAUCGCAAACGAUACUUGAUAUGUGGUUGGAUGAUUUCACCCUGGAUCAGGCACGUGUCUCGCUUCUCAUAAGUAUUGUCUUAUACGAGAUGAACUCCAGGUCUUCAAGUUGGGUCUGGCUCGGUUCGGCUGUUCGAGUAGCACAAGAUAUCGGUCUUCAUAUCGAAUCCGGUCCAUGGUCAACAGUUGAGCGAGAAAUGAGGAGACGGCUUUGGUGGGGGAUCUACGCUUGGGACAGGCUAUUGUCUCUCGAACUAGGUAAACCUAUUUCAAUUCAUGACCAGGAUUGUGAUGUCGACCUUCCGUGCCCUGUUGAUGAGCAGUUCAUUGCAGAAGGGGCUAGAUUACCGGAAGGCUCAAAUACGAACUCUUUACUAGCUACCAUUCAUGUCGUGCGCUCAAUUGGGCAACUUACUAAGACGUUGAGAUCCCCAGUUGUCAGCCCUGCGACACUCGAGAUCUUUGAUCGCCACUUCAAUGCUUGUUUGGCAACAUUCCCUGUCCACUUCCAUCCAAAGUCAGAUAGUCUACUCGAUCCGAGCUCUUUAGCGCCAAUCAUUUAUCUCCAGAAUGCUCGUUUCGUUCUACAUCGCCAUAACAUCUCGCCGUACUGUCCUGCUGAUGUCCGGUUCCCCGCUCUAGAUCACUGUCUAAUGAUUGCUCAAGAUACUGCCCGUGUGCUAUCGCGAUGCAUGCAUUCACCACCACCAGUUGCUCCAACUUCGGCAUAUGGUGGCGCGCGCAGUGAUUGGCAGACCUCUCUGGCGUCUUCAGCGUCGACUCUGUUGUGUACACAUAUCUGGCGCUGCUUGUUGAUUUUGAUUUUCAAGGAAGAUUUUGCGGCGGCUUCGGUAUGUGUGCAAGCUUGCAAGGUCAUUAGCGAUCACCGCAUUGCCAUGGCGUCUUGCGGCCGCUAUGUUGCUUUCUUCCUAAGGAUUCUCCUGGAUCGUCUACGGCGUAAUGAUUCAACGCCAAUUGAUCGAGAUGAAGAAAUGCUCGCAUAUGUGUCGGGGGAUAUGCAAAGUACCACGACCGGUAGCUGGAUCUGGCAAGGAAGCGAGACGGGAACACAAUUGGAAAAUGUGCCGUCGCAAUCAUCGCCAUACGCUUCAUCGGCCGCUAGCGGUGCGGGCAGAGCAUCUAAUGAGACGGAAUGGGAGGGUUGGGACUGGAUCGACGGAACAUUGCAAUACCUGGCUGGCGAAUUACGCCAACGCAGCUAUGAUCGACGAGAUGUCCCGCCAGUUCGGAUUGCGGCCCCUGCUCCUCACAAGAUCGAGGAGUCGACAGGCAGCACUUCGAGAUCAAGUGCACCUAACUCGCGUAUGACCAUCGCCAACAUUAUUUAG